UGCGAUACGUUGAAACGGUGCAAAUCUUGUGAAGCUUGCUUUAGGCUUUAUCAGCUUUAUUCCAAUAUGUGAAAAACUUGGUGUCAUAUAAUUGCAGCCGAGCACAAAUCGCAAUCAUUCAUGUCUCCUCCAGGAUCAUGUUCCAACAGUUGGCACCACUGUGUUUUGGAAAAGGACACUAUUAACAUAUCACUACCAAAUCAGAGUCUCUGAUUAGUCGAUUAGAUUAGAGUCCCUAAAGGCGGCUGGGUAGCUCGGUUGGUAAGGUAAAGGGCUGCCACGCAGGAAUCCAGGGGCAAUUACCAAUGGCGAGCAAUUAACAUCACCCAGUGGGGGUUCUUGGUCCUUGGACCCUCAACGCUGCUGCCUCCCGAGCGCGGUUGAGCUGCAGCUCACCGCUCCCCCAGGGGAUGGGUCAAAUGCGGAGAGGAAUUUCCCAUUGUGGGCUAACUAAAGUAAAUAUUAUUAUUAUUAGUCAAAGUUCCGCUGGUUCCGUUGGUGUUCAGUUAACGCCCUGUUUGUACGUAGAUAAUGAUCUUAAAAGGUUCAAUCUGAAUCAGCUGAUUCUGACGUGAAGAAAAGCGGCUUUUCAUAUCAGCUUUGGACCUAUAUGCAACACAUUACUUCCGUAAAGUGUAGUAAUGUACUACACUAGUAGUUAUGUAUUGCACUUUACUACCGCAAAGCAGCUUUUUUCCAUGAUAAAAUCAGCUGAUUUAUAUGAAAUGCAUAGGCACUUCACUGCAGUAAAGUGUUGCACACCCGCAAGGCUGCUUUUCUCUGCUUCAGAAUGCACUGGAAUUAUGUUAAUUGUGUAAAUGCUUGAAGAAUUACUGUAGUCAACACUGAAGCUAAAGCUCCGGUGUUAAAGAGUCCAUUUUUGUGAUGGUUAAGUUAAACUAUUGAAAACAAAAGUUAAACUUUUGGCUCUGUUCUGUUCAGUCCGUAAAAUCAUAACAUCACCUAUUUGAAGCAUAUAGUUAGUCACAGUGUUCUCUUCUACCAUCAGCUCCCCCUGUCCUCUGUGUUGCUUUCUCGGUGCAGUGACGUUUUAAUGUGCAAUGGUAUAGGCGCUGUGGGCCUGAACGGGGGGCUUGUUUGGCUGAACACUCCCUCUCACAUGUCAUCUGCUUUUGCUCGAGUCCGUGGCCACUCAUGCCAGAGGAGAAUCCAAGGGUAUAGAGACUUUUUUGUCGUCACUGAUCUGGCUCAUCUGCUGCUGUGACUCUACAGUGUGCAAUCUGGAGCAUGGCACCGAUCACUUUCAGGCCUGCCAAACAGUUCAAUGCACGAGCAGAGAACUCUUUUCAAAGUGCCAAGAAGCUUGAAGACGUCUUUUUAAAACGUGGAAGAGGACAAUGAGACCAGAACAGUGUUGUUUGAUUUGAUUUCAAAUAAAAAAAAAAUCUUUCCAAUAAAGUUAACACUCUUAAGUAAAAAAGUAUAAAAAGGUUGGCAGCCUUUUUGUUUUGCUUUUGCUGUUCUUUGCUAGCAAGUAUUUGUUCAGUGAAUGAAUGCCUGAAAGCCUACACAGGUCAUGAAUCUGUCGACAGCUCUCAGAUGUCUUUUGUCUGAAGCUAGAACAACUUCCCCAGAAUCUCCGUUUCCUGGAAAUGAAAUUCCUCCACCUUUUACAGGAUUUGAAGUUUUCAUAACCCCUUUUUCUAUUUGUCCUCCAAAUUGUUAUGAAUAACUUGUUACUUUUUCAAAGGCUGAAAUGAAAAGCAAAACGGUUGUAUUUGGAAGAUCUGUGUCCAGACGUCACAUAACUUGAGAUAUGUCAUGUAAAAUUCAUGUGACAGAAACAAACAUUGCCUUCUUACAGCGCUCCCAAGAUCUCUGCAGCCCACAUUUUGAUGUCAUCAAACCACCAACAAUGCAAACAGCACAAAACUGAGGCUGUUUGCAGCUUUCAUUAAGACUCUUCAUUAAACACAAUCACACACUAAAACAAACAGUGUUGGUGCAAUUGUAGAAGAACAUACAGAAACUAAACAAUAUUAUAAAGUCUGGCCUGAAUUGUUAGCUUGCUAUAUUUAGACAGUCCUAUAAAUGUAGUUUAAGAGGCUGCAUUUGAUGAUCAGAGUUACGAGAGCCUGUCUGGUCAGAGCUGUAAAGUGGGUGAGGUGUAGGAGGUGAAUGGUGCUCAUUCAUUAUUCAUGAGGCGAUCGGGCACAGUAUGAGUGGCAGUCACAGCUAGAAACUCAAUUACUGAUUUGUAUCAACUCGUCUAGGGUUCCUGACCUGAUAUUUAGAGAAAUGAGGCAUUAAUUGGCAAACUGCGCACACAAAAAUGAUUUCCCGGGAACAAUAAUUGGAUUAUUGAUGCAUUGGGCAGAGAUAGAUUCAGAGAAAGACCUGAUUUAUCAGUGCACGACAAAAGAAUAUAACUGAUGAUCCAAAUUCUCACUGGACUAAAUGAACUGUAAAGAUGAUGAGGCUGGUUGGACCAGGGCUGCUGUUGCUACUAUGGCACAGUGCUUGGUCUCUGGAUAUUCCACUCGAUGUCAGACAGCCUCCAACAAUUAUAAAGCAGUCCUUAAAGGACCAUAUUGUGGACCCCAAAGAUACAAUGGUCAUAGAGUGUGAAGCUAUAGGCAACCCGCAUCCUACUUUCUCAUGGAGGCGUGAUGGAAAAUAUUUCAAUGUGGCGCGUGACUCCCAGGUGUCGAUGCGCAGGCGCUCAGGAACUCUAGAAAUCUAUGCCCGAAAUAAUCCAGAAAAGUAUGAAGCAGUGUACCAGUGUAUUGCCUCCAAUCAGUAUGGAUCUGCGUACACCCACAAGAUCAACCUACAAAUGUACAGACCUCCAGUAUGGCCACGGGAGCCUCUGGAGCCUGUAGUCAUCAGCGCAGGUUUGCCCCUGGUUCUGCCAUGUGAGUCCCCGGCAGGUCCACCUAAACCUGAAACCUACUGGAUGUCCAGCUGUUCAUAUGCACGGCCGUUCAACUGGCCCAUUCAGACGGCUUUCCCCACCAUGCAGCCUGUGCGGCAGGACCGCAGGGUUUCAAUGGGAAUCAAUGGAGAUCUGUAUUUCUCCAAUGUGUUGUUUAAUGACUCUGUUGUUGAUUACUGCUGUAAUGCUCGCUUCCCUCACAAGAAUGCAAUUCAACAGAAGACACCUGUGGUUGUUAAAGUGCUUUCAACUCGCUCCAUUGCUGAGGCUGCCCCCACCUGGUUGUCUCCUAAGGGCUCGUCCAGCUCCAAACUGGUCCUGCAAGGGGAGGAGCUGCUCCUGGAGUGUAUAGCUGCUGGAGUGCCAACUCCUCAUAUUGCCUGGACAAAGGAUGGAGACGAGCUUGCAGUGACGCCCAGUAUGAAAAUAAAGAAUUUCAACAAAAUGAUUCAGAUCCCAAAGGCAGCUUUUGAAGAUGCAGGAGAAUACACCUGCUCUGCAACCAACAAGAUAGGUUACAUUGAGCACACAAUAUCUGUCAUAGUCAAAGCGGCUCCAUUCUGGGUAGAAAAACCCACAAAUUUGAUUCUGGCACCUGAAGAAACCGGGCGGCUGGUGUGCCGUUCUGAUGGGGUUCCUCGUCCCACCAUCAGCUGGUUCAUGAAUGGGGACCCAAUUGAGGAUGCAAUGCAACAGUCCAACAGACUGGUGGCUGGGGAUACUAUAACUUUGCGCAGUGUGACUGCAGAAAAUACUGCUGUCUACCAGUGCAACGCCUCCAAUCAGUAUGGGUACCUACUGGCCAAUGCAUUUGUCAACGUACUACAUUCAACUCCUCGCAUCAUUGGGCCUAGAAAUGAAGUUGUCAAAGUGAUAGAGGGAAGUCGAACGUUUUUAGACUGUCGCUUCUUUGGUUCUCCUGUGCCUGACCUGCGAUGGUCAAAAUAUGGACAAGGCAAUCUUGAGGGAACUCGAUUCAAGACUCACAGUAAUGGAACUCUUGAGGUCAAACGGAUACAACUACAAGAUGAGGGAACUUACGUGUGUGUCAUCAGCAACAUUGCAGGACGAGAUGAGAACCAAGUCCGAGUGGAGGUCAAAGAGCCCAUAGUAAUAGUCACCAAACCACAGAGUAUGAAGGUAAUCCGAGGAAGUGAUGUGCGCCUUGAGUGUGCUGUCAAAGCAGAUGCCACUACUCCAUUCACAACAUCAUGGAUAAAAAACAAAAAGCAAGUCACUUUUGGCUGGAGAGUUUCUCUGGAUGAAUCAAAUCUAGUCAUUACUGAUGUGAACAGAGGAGAUGAGGGCAAUUACACCUGUGUCUUUAAGAAUGAGCUGGACCAGAAGUCUGCCUCUGCACACCUACUGGUGAUGGAUCGUCCUAAUCCUCCAACUAACCUGGAGUUGUCUGAUCCAUUUGAACGCAGUGUACGACUCAGUUGGGUACCUGGUGACAGCAACCAUAGCCCAAUUACAGAUUACUUGGUGCAGUAUGAUGAUGAUGACUGGCUUCCUGGAAAAUGGCGAAAUCUGUCUACAUACCCAGGGAAUCUUAACUCUGUUAUCCUACAUCUCACACCAUUUACCUAUUAUGAGUUCAGAGUUAUUGCAAUUAACGCUAUUGGAGCCAGUCGUCCAAGUCGUUCAUCAGCUCGUUUCCAGACCAGUGGUGCACCCCCAGAUGUCAUCCCAAAGAAUGUGAAAGGUGUGGGCACAUGGAGAAAUAACAUGGAAAUUAGCUGGGAGCCUCUGACUUACAGAGAGUGGAACGGACCACACUUGAAGUAUCUGGUGUGGUGGAGAAGGAGAGAUUCUAGAGAAGAGUGGAAGAAUGCAACCACAAAGUGGCUGAGAUACUACAUCUAUGAUGCAGACACCUUCACCCCUUAUGAGAUCAAAGUCCAGGCUGUCAAUGACUUUGGGCUGGGCCCAGAGUCCCCUGUUGUCAUUGGUUAUUCUGGUGAAGACCGCCCUUUGGCAGCACCUUUAAAUCUGAGAAUUUCUGACAUUGAAAGUACUCAGGUCACUGUGCACUGGGACCCAGUGUCACGAGAGAACAUCAUGGGGGAACUAAAAGAGUACAAGGUCUACUACUGGAGAGACAGCAGUCAGUUGCGGUGGCUAUGGGUCAACAGAGGAAUGAAGUCCAAAAUAUUCCCAAACAAUGAUCCGGAACCAUCUGGAGUCAUCACAGACCUCAUACCCUACAGCAACUAUAAAAUGUACAUAGUGGUGGCUAACAGUAGAUUUGAAGGGCCGCCGAGUAACAAUAUACACUUUUCAACACCUGAAGGAGUACCAUCCGCCCCCACAUCCUUUAGAAUCCAACAACGCCAUCUGGACAGUAUUUAUGUGGACUGGGAUCUGCCAGCGGAGCCCAACGGGAUCAUCACUGGAUACUCUCUGAAGUAUCACACAUUGAACGCUACCAGAGGAGAGGAGAUGAGAGUUGAGGAGUUCCCACCUAAUGUGACAAGCUUCUCCAUCCGCCGGUAUGACCGAUACACUCGCUACUGGUUCUCUGUGGCAGCCCGAACUCGGAUUGGAAUUGGAGAGUGGCAUACGGAGGAGUCGCCCCAUUACACCACAGAAACGUACGCUCAGGACCAGGUGGACAUCACAACACAAGGCUGGUUCAUUGGGAUAAUGUGUGCUGUGGCUCUCAUCGUGCUCAUCCUCCUCAUAGUCUGCUUUAUCAAGAGAAGUCGAGGCGGGAAAUACCCAGUUCGAGAGAAAAAGGACAUUUCACUGGAGCCUGUAGAUGACAAAGAUCAGGAAGGUUCAUUUGACUAUCGAUCCCUUGAAAGGAUAGCACAUAUCUCCACGCUGCCUUUUCCUCGGAGGCACAUAGAGGAGGAGAGGCUUCAAAGAGCCCAGCCAGCUGUGGAAGCCAUGAUGAAACGCGUAGACAGUGACGACAGUCUGGUGGAAUAUGGAGAAGGAGGGGAGAUGCAGUUUGAAGAGGAUGGCUCCUUUAUCGGACAGUACACAGGAACCAGGCGAGAUGUCAGAGACUUGGAUUUCAGUGGAGGUCUGGAGCUCCAGUCUCCAAUGAAUACUAUAUACUCCCUUGCAUGAAGACCGAACUUUAAAAAGCUUUCAGCCUUGUGACUUUGCUGCGCUUGAGCCCCCUAAUUUGAAGAACUUGGGCUCAGCUUGUAUUUUUUUCAAAGGGGAAAGACAGCGAUCAACCAGCACGGAGACUGCUAGAGAAGUCGGGUGUUAUCUUUCUCAGAAGAUUUUUUGAUUUGAUGAAGCAAAAGUGUUAUUUUGUACAUUUUGUGUUUACAGAUUUUAUCCUUUUAAUAAUCCCAAUGGUUGAGAGAUUUUUACUGAGCACCAUGAGAGACAGGCAAAAAUCGUCUUAUCAUGUUGAUAAGAGCAGGUAGAAUAUCUAAGUGCCGGCUGUAAAUGCAUAUUUUUUUAUCCAAAAAAUAGGAUUGCACAAUUUUUAGUGCUUGCACUUCAGAAUAACAGCUGCAUAACACACUUUAUCAUUCAGGGAAGCCAUGAUGGACCCAGCCCAGAACCAAAGGAUCACUUAAGUCUGAGUUCAGUUCCACUCAGAUGGAUCUGUAUUCUAAUUGUUAGUGCAUCUUUGUCAUCUUUAUUAUGGCCUUUAGCAUUAUUCUUGCUGAUAAAUGACUGUUGUCUGUUAUAGCAGAGCAGCAAGGAGUCAGGGAAACCCACAACAAAAUCAGAACAAGUGCAUUAUUUUUCACCCGUGGGAGGAGCAUUAUUUGUAACGAUGUGUGCUGUGUACUAACCUAAAGAAAGUGAAUAUAUUGAUAUUGCAAUAGUAUAUUAAAAUGUUGCUUUAUUAAAUCUCAAUUUUAUCACUGUUGUUUAUAUUUUGUGUCACUAUAAAAAAGAUCUGAAUCAUGGAAA